AUGACAUCCGAACCAGAUUCUCUGACGAACUGCCGGUUCUACGAAGAAAAGUACCCGGAAAUCGAGUCGUUCGUGAUGGUCAACAUUGCUGAGAUGGGCGCGUAUGUCAAACUGCUCGAGUAUGACAAUAUCGACGGCAUGAUUCUUCUCUCAGAACUCUCGCGAAGACGUAUCCGAUCGAUACAAAAGCUCAUCAGAAUUGGUCGUAAUGAGGUGGUUGUGGUAUUGAGAGUGGAUAAGGACAAGGGCUAUAUCGAUCUGUCCAAGCGAAGAGUCUCGCCGGAAGACAUUGUGCGAUGCGAGGAGCGAUACAACAAGAGCAAAUCGGUACACUCGAUAAUGCGACACGUUGCCGGCAAGACCAACACGCCGAUCCUCAAGCUGUAUGAGGAGAUUGGCUGGCCGCUGAACCGCAAGUACGGUCACGCGAACGAUGCAUUCAAGCUUUCGAUCACCAACCCCGAUGUAUGGAAUGAUGUCAAGUUCCCGAACCAGGUCGUCAAAGAAGAGUUCCAGUCGUACAUUGGAAAGAAGCUCACACCUCAUCCCACCAAAGUUCGAUCUGACGUCGAAGUCACGUGCUUCCGAUAUGAUGGUAUCGAUGCGAUCAAGGACGCGUUGCGGAAAGCUGAAGCCAAGAACACACAAGAUGCUGAGGUCAAAGUGAAGCUGGUGUCUCCGCCUCACUACGUUCUGACCAGCCAGUGUCUCGACAAGCAACUGGGCAUUCAGCUGCUCGAGCAGGCUAUCAAGGAUAUUGAAGCAAGCAUCGAGGCUGCUGGUGGAGGCAUCAAAGUCACAAUGGCGCCAAAGGCUGUCACCGAGCAUGACGAUGCCGAACUACAAGCACUCAUGGAUAAGAGAGCUCGUGAGAAUGAGGAGAUCAGUGGUGACGAGGAUGUCAGUGAAAGUGACGAGGGACCAGAAGUUGCGUAG